AAAGGCCAUGAGGAUCACCACUCUCCUGCAGUGUGUGUUGUGGGUGAGAGCUGUAUGAAUGUGACUUACACCCAUCAGAGUAUCUGUGCUUUGAAAGGGUCAACAGUGGACAUAUCMUGCUUUUACACACAUCCCAGUUGGCAUAACGUCACAGAAGUAUCCUGGUUCAACAAAUGGAAGUCUGGAGUAACUAAAGACCUGAGACAGGACUCAGAGUAUGCAAGUCGUGUGGAAUACCAUCGACAAACAGAAAAGGACUCCAGCCUGAGAAUCACAGACCUGAGAGAGAGUGACUCAACUGAGUACAAGUUCAGAUUUACAACUAAUGAGGCAAGAUGGGGGUACAGCUUCCAUGGAACAACUCUGACUGUCACAGGUUUUCAGGUGGAGGUGACUCCUGAACAUUAUUCAGAGUAUAAGACACUGACCUGUAGCACCACCUGUACUCUGAGUAACUCCAACCCCACCUACAUCUGGUACAAGAACGGACAACAUCUAGAGGAAAGCACCUCCCCCCAGUACAAAGACCCAGUCUCCAGUAACUAUGAAGACAGUUACUCCUGUGCUGUAAAAGGCCAUGAGGAUCUCCUCUCUCCUGCAGUGUAUGAUCCCGCAGUGAAUGAAGCGGAUGGUGUUCAGGUCUGUCAGGUGAAGGUGACUCCUGCUGCAGCAGGGACAGAAGACACUGAUCCGUGUAUCACCACCUGUCACUCUGACUGCACCAACCCCACCUACAUCUGGUACAAGAACGAGACACGUCUCGAUUGA